AUGGAUGCAAGGCAGUACAAUGCGCUGGACCUCGCCCAGCCUACCGAUUUCAAAGGCAUGCUCAAGAGUGGUGAACUCCUUUGGGGCACCGGAUGUCGAAUCCCUAGCGAAGAGGCUGCUCGGAUCCUUGCGACAUUGCCUUAUCAAUUCUGUUUCCUCGAUGCCGAACAUAGCCCCCUCAACCCUACGCUUCUCACGAGCCUGAUCAAAACUAUUCAAUACACGUCUAAUGGAUCUAUGGUCCCGUUUGUUCGAUUGGCUCCGAGCAAUCCCGAUCUAAUCAACUAUGCCUUGAACGCCGGCGCAGGUGGAAUCGUGCAACCGCAUGUCCAGACUGCGGCACAAGCUUCGGAGCUCGUGAGCUAUGCCAAGUUUCCACCAUUGGGCAAGCGAAGCUAUCCGCCAAUGGCGUUAUUCGGGAAGCAGACACGCACAAAUCCGGGAGAGACUGUUUACGACGUAUGGAACAACCAUCCUGCUGUCUUUGCACAGAUUGAGGACAUGGAGGGGCUCAAGAAUGUCGAUGAGAUUGCGGCCGUAAAGGGAAUUGAUGCCCUUAUGGUGGGAGCUGGGGAUCUGCGAUGUUCUCUCGGUCUUGAAGUUGGCAGCCAGGACGGUGACGAGCCAUGCUUUCUGGCUGCUCUCGACCGGAUCCAACGAGCUGCAGACAAGAACGGCCUUGCGGUGCUCGGGUUUGCGAUGUCGCCAGAAAUUCUGAAGAGACGGCUGGAACUUGGCUGGACAGCCUUCGUUGUCCACUCGGACGGGGCUGCCAUUUUCAAUUCAGGCAUGACUAAUUUUUCCGCGAAUAUCGAGCUUGCCAGAACACUGAGGAGUGGAACCAGUGUCAAUGGUACAUCGUAG